AUGAGAGUCACCUGAAGCACAGAGAGAAACCUUCAGAGGAAACUAACCGCCGCCGCCGGAGGAGGGAGUUGGAAGCUGAUUUCGCAUCUUCUAACCGAGAAGCCUUUGGCCGUGAAGUCAAGUCAAUCAAACAGUAAUUUAUUGACACUUUUUAACCUACUUCUGACUUUUGGAAACCGCAAAACAUAGACCUACGUAGCAUACGAAUCACCGUGUACUAUUGUUGGAAGUCUGCAGGUAGAAUUUUACCGCCAUUGGUCUGGGGAAAGUGUUUUAGUGUGAUUUAUUCACAACAGAGUUGAGACCGUGGAUUUAUUUCAACCUCUCCGGUAAAAAUGAGUUGGAUACAGCUUCUCAGGGUUGUGCUGUGCGCAGCGACCUGUCUCCGCUGUGCUGCCGCUCCGCCCGCUGCAGGCUGUGAGGGAGACGAGUGCGCCAGAGGCCAGGCCUCCUCUUCAUCACCCUCUCUGUCUUCUUCGUCUUCCGUGGGGGUGAAAGCCCAGCAGCCCUCCCAGGACUUCCUGGGCCAGUUUACCCAGGUGAGCUCACCAAACAGCGGGGACCGUAAACACCGCGACGCCAGCGCCGUCCUGCCCUUCAUCGGCCUCACAGGCAGUGCUGAGCAGAGUCGGAGCUGCUGUAAGAAUGGAGGAACCUGUAUCCUGGGCAGCUUCUGUGCCUGCCCUCCGUUCUUCACCGGGAGGAGCUGCGAGUACGACCAGCGCAUCAGGAGCUGCGGUUCGAUUCCUCACGGCGAGUGGGUUCAGAAAGGAUGCUCCUACUGUCGCUGUGGUUACGGCGUCCUGCACUGCUUCCCCCACGUCUUCAACAACGACUGUGAUGACUCGGAGGAGGUGCGUUGGUAUCACUCGUCUGCUGUCAGGACAGUUAGGCCCGGCUGCUUCCUGUUUCUCAUGCUGCUUCUUCCCCUGCUUCCCCUCCUCUGAUGGGUUUAAAAAACAACAACAAUGCUGGACACCAGCUGUGGACUAUGCAUGAUUUCUUGAGCUGCUUAUUCAGGACUAAAGAUCCAAACCCCAAUCAGAGCUUUACAAGCUUCAAACUAAUAUUUAUUGUAAUUUUUUCUUCAAAAUGUAGGGGAGGAGUCAAAUUAUAGUCUGAAAACUAGAGUUCAGGAGAUGUUCCAUUAUGAGGGAAGACAUCCUACUUUCUAAGUAACAGUUGUUAAAUACAUAUAAUAUGAUGUAUUUCAAACGCUGCAGUUAGACUGUGUUUUGGUGCGAAGUGUUCCAUGUUUAGGCCCCAACACCUCUGAAUGAUGGCCAUAUGAAAUGUUUUUUUAUCUUUUUUGAGGACUUCGCCCCCACUUGGCCCAACUUUUAACAUUUCCAAGAAUUAAGUUCACUCUUUAAAAAAAGAAAAGAAAAAAAUGCCCAGAGACACCAAACCGACAUCAGAGAGCUUCAGGCAAUCAAGCCCGAAAAGUUGCACUUGAACACACCGCAAAGACCACAACCCGACUAGCCUGUAAGUCCUGUAGCGGAGGUGGUCCGUGUUCGUCCCAACGUUGGCCGACCCAAUUAACAUUUUAGGAUUCGGUACUGUAUCCAGUGAUGAAGAGCAGGCUUAGAACUUGUCACCUUCACACAUGAAUUGAUGCCCAGUCUCUUUUUCAAACCUCUAAAAGGGAAUUGGCAGUUGGAACAGUUAACGCGGCAGCGACUGAAGUUCAAACGUUUUGUGUCUCUGCUUCUUCGAUCCUUUCCUUCCAGUGGAAGCUCGUCUGUGUAUGUGAAGGAAGCUGUACAUAACAUUUUUUUAUGAAAAGUAAAAAAAAUGUGGGUGUAACUUUAUGCUCUGUACAGCUCAAUGCGAUUUUUUUUUAAUUUUUUUUUCUUUGUAAAAAGAUGCUGAGUUUUUCAACUUUGUCUUUUGUCUGUUUGCACAAACAUUUUGUCCUUUUUUUUUUAUAUAUAUAAAACGUGUGUUGAUGAUGGGUUUAUGAAAUUGUUUUGUUGCACAUGUUAAGUGUUUGUGCUGUAAGAAACAGUCUCGUUAAAAUUAAUGUGACAAUGGGACAAAAAAACACAUUAAAGUGAACCUUUUUCAAAUGAAAAACACGCUUUCAUCAGCAAAUGUCUCAAAGUAAUUAUUAAAAACAAGUACUUUCUU